AUUUUUGACAUUUGCUUUCGUUUUCCGCAGGGGGCUGUUGCUCCUGUUUAUUGUGCGUUAGAAAUUAUAAAUAAACCGUUUGUGUCCUGAUGAAACUCAGAAAUUUUGCAAAAGCAUACACAUAAAUAUAAGAUCAGGAGUUAAGUUAUGAAUUUGCAGUGGCUAAUACUACUUGUUGUAUCGAAACCUUCACGAUCUCGCACUUCCUGUUGAGAUGAUCGAGUCGUUUUCUACCAACUUAGAUCUGUUUCAAAGUUAAACAAGUGCUAUUAACUUACAAAAUGGAACCAGGCACAGACUGGCUCAGUGAGAUUCUGCAGCACGUUCAGCUCGAGCAGUUCUACGUGCCGAUCCGGGAUCAAUUACAGAUUACACGAUUAGCGCAUUUUGACUAUGUGCAUGCUGAUGACUUGGAGAAGCUGGGCAUCAGUAAGCCGGGCGUGCGGCGGCUCCUGGACGCCGUCCGGAAACGGAAACUGCAGCAGUGGAACAGAAAAUUCUGGAAUAAACUAUUCGGUUCAUCCUCUGGUUCAAGCUCUAAAACUGAAGUUGUCCGGCAACCGGUGCAAACAGAGCCGAGAACUACAUGCAUUAUUUUGGAAAAGGAUAUUGUGCUACAGAAUGAACUGGGAACAGGUUCAUUUGGUGUGGUGAAACAAGGAGAAUGGCGAGUGCCUGAUCAGCCAGGGAAGGUCCUCAAAGUGGCCGUCAAAGUACUGAAGGCAGAUGCCUUCUCCCAGCCCGGAGUCUAUGAUGACUUCCGGAGAGAAGUGGAAGCUAUGCACAGUUUGAAACACCCAAACUUAAUAAGGCUGCAUGGAGUAGUGUUUCAUCCUCUAAUGAUGGUGUGUGAGCUGGCUCCGAUGGGUGCAUUGCUAGAUUACAUAAGGCAGCAGGAUGGAAAAGUCUCAUUAAACUUGAUCUGUAAAUGGUCAGAGCAGGUGGCGGCCGGCAUGGCACACUUAGAGAAGAACCGGUUUCUCCACAGAGACUUGGCAUGCAGGAAUAUAUUGCUGUCCACUUUGGAUUUGGUGAAGAUCGGAGACUUCGGCCUCAUGCGAGCUCUGCCGGACGCGGACGACUGCUACGUGAUGUCGGAGCGGCGGCGCGUGCCCUUCCCGUGGUGCGCGCCGGAGUCGCUGCGCAGCCGCCAGUUCUCGCACGCCAGCGAUGUGUGGAUGUUUGCUGUUGCACUGUGGGAGAUGCUGACCUUUGGCGAGGAUCCGUGGAUGGGUCUCAACGGCUCCGAGAUCCUCCGCCUCAUCAUGCGCGAGGGCCAGCGGCUGCAGCAGCCCAACGCCUGCCCCCCUGACGUCUACAUGCUGAUGAUGCAGUGCUGGGACCUCAACCCGAAGGAGCGGCCGACGUUUGCGGGUAUACUCCGGUAUUUGGAGAUGAACAAGUUUGAGGCGGCUACGGCGGCGUUGAGCUACAGAAAAGCGGGUCAGAUGACGAUCGAGAGCGGCGACUGCAUCAUAUUAGUGGACCGGCGGCCCGAGCUGCACUGGUGGAAGGGGCAGAACCAACGGACCUUGGAGAUAGGCCUGUUCCCCAGCACCCUGGUGAACAUCAAUAAGAGCAAGGCGCCCGCCACCUGCCCGCCCGUGAAGAAAUCACAAACACUGUCAUCUCCUGUUAGAAAAGCGCAAACCCCAACCCUCACCCGUCGCGACUCGGCCGACGACUCCUCAGUAAUCCUGCGCAAGCGCCGCACCAUCGAGUCCACGCAAGCGGCCCGCACUCGCGCCGGCGCCGCCGGGAGGCAGUUCCACUACAACAAGCUGGUCAACCAGCGAGUACAGGAGGAGAGGAGCCUGCGAGAUAGGCAGGCUAGGAGCUUGAAUCAAGUCCGGGAAGACCUGCUAAUAGACCUGGACAUGCCGCCGGCGACCCGCCAGAGCACUCCGGUGAAGAAAGCGGACCCACUCAGCAAUAUGUCUAUACUGGACGCGCCCAUCGAUGUACCUGAACUAAAUUUAGAACCCGACUGGGGAGAACCGAGCUUCGAAUCAGAAAUCGUCACUAGAAAUAAGUUGCCCUCCCACCCCCUACCAGAUAAGUACUCACACAUAUUCGGUGCUAAAUCCCUCGACAACCUCUCCUUGUCUAUGUCCACCAGUGGACCAACUACGUCCCUGGGUGGACAAAUAAUGUCCACAAGCGGUCAAACGAUGUCCAUGGGUGGACCAACAAUGUCCACAAACGGACAAACUAUAUCCAUGAGUGGACAAACUAUGUCCAUGGGUGGACCAACGCAACCGGAUCCCUUCGACACAUCGCAAUGUUGGGCAACCACAAGUCAGAACUCCACCCCUAGACACAACAACUAUAACGUAGGUAACACUAGUCUUCUAAAUAACGAAUCUCAUAGGUACUCCGCUAAUAAUAGUAAUUACUCGGCGAGUGCCCUGAAUAGCUCCACCGAUACGCACAUUUACAAUAACAUGACAAACUCAGCACGAGCUAACGGCUCGCUGUAUUCAUCGCAGUAUGGAACUGCUUCCGGGCUUAAUAACUCUGUAGUUGAAACUGCAGAGAGAAAUGAGGUAUCAAGAAAUGAGCCGAGUGUCGCCGCCUUAUUGGCAGGAAUGUCGCUGGACGACAGAAUAUCCGAAUCCUUGAAUCUCAGGUCAAAGAACUCCAAUGGCGAAAACAUUUACUCAAACGAUAGCGCUAGCGAAAACGUUUAUUCAAACAGCACACAGAACACAUCACGUACAGCCUCUACGUCAGACAACACUAAUCUCGCAUCACAGACCAGUAGGUACAGCGAAGACUUACCUCUAUACGGCAACUUCGAAAUGAAUCCCACACAACAGCAGUUCGUUCUAGAAACAAAGGACUACUACAACAAACUGUCUACAAAAGAGAGCGCGCGACCGAACAACACAUACGAAAAGAACAUCUACGUGCCAAAAGACAAGAACAGCAGUGAAAAGCUGAAGAGUUUCAGUGACGCGAUAAAGAACUCGAAAAACUACUCGGCAGUGAAGUAUCACGAUGACGAUUACUAUCAAUACAGCUACACGGGUGCCUACGAGGCGGCUGGCGCGUCGACGUCGCAAGGCGCGUACGAUGAGGUUGCCGAUACGGCUAGCAACUUCUACAGCGAGAUUGGGGAGCAGGCCGUGUAUUCGAAUGUGCGAUUGUAUGACGAGGUGUAUGAGACGGCGCCGCCGCGCCCGCACCGCCCCGCGCCCCCUUGCCCCACUCAACCCAAGUAGGAAGAUAAAAAAGUGUAUUUGAUUGAUUUUGAACUCCAGUUCUCGCAUUUGAGAAGCAAAAUAACGGUGCGAUUUCACCAAUGGAGAAUAAGACUUUUCCGAGAAUAAGUCGUCUAAUUACUGCUGAGUAAGCAUUGUCAUACGUCAAGUAAUUCUCGAAAUAGCUUUAUUCGUCAAUGCUAAAAUCGGACCUUGGACAAAUACCAUCGUUGUUGGUCCAGUUCAUUAGAAUCUAUCCAAGUAUUUAAUGUCAAUAAUAAGAUAUGAUUGUAUAGUAUUACGAGUAUGACCUGAUUCCUAAAUUGUGUAUUUUCAUCUGUAUUUCUACCCGACUGCUGUUCAGAUUAGAAAGAGGUUUAUGUUUGUAUUGAAAAGACUAUUUAUUUAGAUUGGAAUGUUCUUGGGUGCCAUCGAGAGAAAUGACGUAUUAUGAUUGAAUGUAUUUAAAAUAAUAGCUGUUUUUGUAUGAAAAUGUAUUCAGGUCUCUGACUGUAAGCAUCUUUAUUUCUUUAGCAAGAUGUAAGUAAGACGUAAGUAAUAGAAAAUUGAGCAUAAUCAAAAUUCGCAAUAAGAUGAGAAGCUAAAUUGGUAUUAAUAAGUGAUAUUAAUUCAACUAAAUGUGAUUUUCCUGGAUCCAAGGUCCAUUAUUAUGUAAUCCACUUACGUUAAAUUAUGUAUGUAAUGUAACUAACUCGAAUAGAAAUAGUCCUCCGUUUUAUACAUGUUUACAAACUGAUCAAAGCAUCGCCUUAGGUACCUAAUUUUUAUUUAUAUAAUUCGGUUUUCAUUUACUUCCCGGUAAUGAGUAGGCCAAAUAUUAUUUAAGUGUCUCUCCUUUAACAUUAGCAUAUCACAUGGUGCCUAUUAACUGUACCUGUUAGUUUAGUAAGCCUAUUUGAUUUAGUAUUUCCGUAACAAUCAUGACUUUAUUAUUAGUUUUAUACAAAGGUUUUAUUGGCAGCGGACGUUAUGUGGUAGCAACAGACAUGACGUAAAGUCACUUGUAUGGAAAUGAUUUGGCAGCUAAGGGCCUGCUUCGUCCAAUGGGGCUUCACCCUUAUGACGCUCGAUUACACGUCGCUUCGUUUGCUGCAACCUCAUAACGUCGACCGCCAAUUUAAACCUUAAGUAAGUACAUUUUUAACGUUAUUAAAUUUGUUGUACCGCCUCUCUUAAAAACCCUGACAUUGGUUAGCACUAAUUUAUAACGUCCUGGGUUUUGAAUUUUGAUAUUGCUGAAUAGAAGUGAAAGAAAUCUCUGGAGUUAAGACUCUAUGCGACAUACAAAAAGUCAAAAUUUUUAUAACACAACGAAAUUUGUAAACCUAUUUUAAAGUUACAAAAAAGCUCUGAAUUUGGCUAUACAAUUUUGGAAUGUACCAGUGAUAUACUUAUAAAAUAAAAUGGCAAUGUAAUCAAAGUUUCAAUGUCAUAUUCAAUGAGAUUAUUAGAAGAACAACAUUAUUAUUUUCUACUUCUUUAAGUCUUAUUUUUGUUUGAGAAUGCUUUGGCUCAUUCGCCUCAAGUAUUUAUCCAUUUAUACGUACUCGAAACAGUUUUUUGUGUAUAUUAAUGUGUAUUGUAAAUAAAUGUACACUAUGUCCAUGUAUUUUAUUAGGAAUAAUAAAUGAAACACAUUGGCAAUCCUA